UUCGAAUUUGCUUUCAUUUAGUGUAACAUCGGUUAGCAACACGUGUCUGGCGAGGCCACAAGUUUCGACUUUGAUUUUUCAAAGCAGAUCAUGUAGAAUGUGUGAAAUGGAACUCCUCAACUGUCCGAAUAACACUUUUUUUUAAAUCCACCGGUAUUCCCUUCGGUCGGGACUCGCUGCUAAGGCAGAAGCACGAGUUGUUUGGGGAGAUUUAUGUUCUUUUGUUCUGCACCAAACAGCUAAUGGCUACUGUUAAGCGCUGGGAGCGGGCAUGUAUCACUUUACAAACUGACAGUCCCGAUCGGAUUCGAUUCAAACUCAGCCAACCAGACGUUUUUCUCCAUGAACAAGGGGGCAGAGCUUUGGGAGAGCUUGUUGCUUGAUUGGAAAGUCCUGUGCGACUCACGGGGUAGUCUGAGGACAGACAGGGCCCGCUAAACACUAUGUUCUUAACCAUUACCGACUCGACGCGUUGAAGUCUCCAAAGGACGCCUCCAGCCAUUUGUUAUUGUUUGCAGAAACUCGGAUUUUCCUAACUGAAAUGCGUUGAGUCAGAUCCCUCCCCUCGCUAUGGGGCCGGUGUGCGGCAGCGAGACCGACGAGGACGACAGCCUGGAAAUCCCCCUUGACCUCUCCCACUCGGGCAAGCGGCGGAGACGGGGCAACCUGCCGAAGGAGUCCGUGCGGAUCCUGCGGGACUGGCUUUACGUGCACCGCUACAAGGCGUACCCGUCCGAACAGGAGAAGACCCAGCUGUCGAGGCAGGCGCAGCUCUCCGUACUGCAGGUCUGUAAUUGGUUCAUUAAUGCACGCCGCAGACUGCUACCAGACAUGCUGAGGAAGGACGGUCAAGACCCCAAUAACUUCACCAUCUCACGUCGCGGGAGUAAGAGCAUGGAGCACACCCCCGUUCAAACGUCAUCAGCGUCCAGUAGCUUUGUCCCGGACCUCGACGAGAGAUCAUUCGGCUCCACCAGCUCCUGCCCCGACAGUGGGGAGGCAUCUCCGCGUAGCACCUCUUCCGGGGGUGCCCUCGUGCCGAGACCUUCAGUCAUAUGCCACACUACCGUCUCGACGCCGAACGACGUGCCUUUACACUACUGCCCACCGACCAGCCUAGAGGGAAUGUCUAAAAUGGAUCUUUUGUCAAGUGCGGGCCUAAUGAAUCUCACUCCUGGAUGCUCCAAAGAUGCUGUCCAAAUGGGCUCCCAUCCACCCCACCAGAGUGGACUAUUUAACACUCCUCCGCCCACUCCUCCCGAUCUCAACCAAGAUUUCAGUGGGUUUCAGCUGCUGGUGGAUGUUGCGUUGAAGCGAGCUGCGGAAAUGGAAUCGCAGUCCAAGCCUGUGGCUUAGACCCUACCCAUGCUACCUGUCAAACUGACCUGAGGGAAGAACACUACAGGAAAAGCUUGUUCCGUUUGGGGCAGAGAAAACAAACAAAACAGAUGCUUUAUGCAGCAUGAUGCCUUCUUAUUUGCACAAGGGAAUCCCAAAACUUGGCUUCCUAUCACAGAAUUGUCUUAACAAAAAAAUUGCUCACAUGGAGACUGUUGAACUCAUGACUACUAUAGUUAGAUGAAUCUUUUUGUUUUUUGUAGUUGUUGAUAAUGUGAGAAUUUCCCAUGAUUAUGUGAUUCUUUCCUUUCAGUCUGUGCAAUAUUUAGAUAUACAGAGCCUCCUUAUCACUCUUUAUCAUUCCUGCAUGGAAAUAUGCGGCUCGUGCAUUGUUUAGAAUAACAGUUUUUUUUAUAUAUAUAUAAUUAUGUAUUGUCACUGGGGCUUGUUUCUAAAUUGAGUUUUCCUUAUUGCAUUCAGUCUUUAUUUCAGUAUAAGGCAAUCGACCAAGGACCCGGGGGGCUGAAAGUUUUCGGUCUGCAGUAACUCCUUAUGUGUAGUAGACUUUGCUGGGCUUUCAGGUUCCACAUGCAGUAGCCACAGUAGAACCUGCACGCAAGCAUUCCUGACUCCUCCCAACUCUGACUCCCGCUCUUUGGCGUGAAGCCAUCUGAACCUAGUCAUGCUUCCCCCAAACUGUAAGGCUGCAUCAGCACAAGAAAUGAUGACCAAUAGAGAGGGUGAGAGCAGAGCCAGCCCUGAAUGUUUGGCUCUGAUCGCUGAUAUUUUGUAUUUUAUGGCUGGGCUGGCAUAAAUCUCAAUUUAGCACAAAAGUCUUGAAUGUACAUCCGCUGCCUCGUUGAUACAUAUGGUUUUGGCUGAGCUUGUGCAUUUACUGGCACUCAAUCAGAAGUCUAGGUCAUUCCUCCAUUAGUGGUGCAGUUGCUGGCUUGUUGCCUUUAAAACUGGUGUUGUGAGGUCUGGGUGAGAUAAUGACAGAAGGUGUGUGUUGUCAGUUUGCCACCUUCCAUUGUUAUUGUCUUGCCGAUAUUUGAAUGGAGGUCUGUCACGUUUGAAAGCCAUCGACGAUGGCCGUUCCGCUGUGCUUUCUCAAUUUUCUAGCUUGUAACUCACGAAGUUGAGACCGACUUUUAAGUGAAGGACUAGAACCGCUGUUACAUAAUGAACGGAGCUUCCAAAAGGCUUUUUUCCUAAACUCCUGCGCUGUUUACACCAUUCAUGGGAGGGAAGUGCUCGGGUGGUAUUUGCUUGAGUUAGGUGGGAGCACAGGUGAAGCUGUGUGGAACAUCAGGAAAAGGUUUAAAUGUAUCACAAGGAAGCUUUGACACUAGUGAGUAUAUAAGUGUAGCCACCCAGUGCCGGUUUUGGUUCCUGUCAACCCGACAAUGCACCUUAUCCCAAAGACCAGGCCCUGUUUUAUACACAUCCCUCUUCUCUUUUUGCAGUACUACUAGAUUCCUCAACAUGAAGCUCUGCUGAUAAUAUUACUAAAUUUAAGGGAAUUUUUUUUUUACUAAACUUAGCUGCUGAUCCUUAGCUUAGCAGUCAUUUGAGAAAAUCCUUUUUUACUUCCGGGCAGAAUCCCAGAAAAAAAGUUGUAAUAAUAUACCCUGCACACCAUUUAUUUAGCAUGAGAUGUGAGUGAAAAUACAAUGGGACUUGAAAAUUGUCACGGAUUGUUAUUUCAACAGUUAGUUUAAAAACAAUUCACCGUUGAAUCCUGGAUGAAGGUAUAUGAGCUGUAUCUUGUGAUUUUCCUUCAGCUGAAGAGAGCUAUUUAAACUCGUCAUUUCCUUCUCCUAAUAUAUAUUCUAUCGGGUUUAUAUACCUUCUAUUUCUAUUCGCCUUUCUGUUUUCCGAGCAGGAAAAUGCGUAAAUUAUGAUGCUUUCGAUUUUUACCAUCUCGUACACCUAAGAGCUAGCAAAAUGGUAAGACUAAUGUAAACUUUUUUUCCCAAGUAGUUCUGUGAAUUGGAGAAAGGGUUAUGAUUUUUGCAUCAGUCGCCGAUUUCUCGUGCAAACCGCGGUUAUGUAAAUUGACUGCUGUUCUGCCUGUGACGCAACUUGAUAGCAGAUUGUGGGGGUGGGCUACAAGUGUCCUCUGGUUGCCCUGGGCAUCCUGUUGUACUUUGGAGAGAGCUCGGUGGCGCCUCUUAACAGAAAGAGUAGCAAUUGAGCUUUUCAUUUCAUUUAUUCAUUUGCCCAUGGGCUGCUGCUGCUGUAAUUCACAGCAAGAAUCGGGUCCUUCACCCCCCUCUGACCACUGUAGAGCAGGAGUACAGAUGUUGGAGUUGUACCCUACCUCUCGAGGAUGCAUCCUGCAGUUAUAUGAUUUUGUGAGGUCCUAAUUUGGUGGGUUGGAUCUUGCCUCCUGAUCAAGUCAAAGAUCCAGCAGUAGAUUCCGAAACUGACUUUAAAAAGGGAAUCUGGUCUCCAUGUCUGUACCACCUUGAAAAUAAUUGUGAUCGGUAUGUUGGGGAUGAAGUCUGGUUCUGUGACCUUUUUUUUUCGCUCUGUAUAAUUUAUUAUCAGUGAUGUUGAAGUCCUAACGUGCUGUUAAUGAAUGACUUUUGAAAGGCAGCUGAAUUAACGCACUGUUAACGUGACGGUCUCUGAAGCAGUCCUAAUUUGAAUUUCAUCACUGGUGUAAGUCAUCUCGCAUCUUUUUUAUAGUUGGUCAACAAUACUGUGUGGAAGUGUAUUUCUUGAUGAAAAUUAAUCAUAAAUCUGUAACUUUUUAAAAAAGAAAAGUAGAGUGUCCUACUUUUAAACUAGAUGUUAUUUUUAAUCCUUCGACCUAGAAGGUAUUUGUACAGUUUUCAUCACUGUGAUCAUUUUGAAAUUGUAAAGAAUGAGUGUAGACUGUACUAUAUGAACCUGGUCCAUUUUGCAUUGAUGUUUUGCCUUAUCGAUGAAUCGGGAUGCAAAGGCCUGUAAAGACUGACUAAAGCUGCAGUAUUCCUCUUUGCCUUGCCACUGGAUUCUGCAGGCAGGGUUCUUCUCACUUCCUAAUACAAGGUGGGUGGGGGCAUCAGAAUGCAGUUUCACAUUGUACCCAAGUUUGAUUAAAAAUAAUAAUAAAUUACUUUAUUCCUUCCUAA